GGCCCAGCGGCGACUGUAAAUUUAUUAUGUAUUUUGGUUCAAAACGUUAAAAUCUGGGAGUGAUAUCAUCAAGUGUUGACUAGGAGACCUCCAUCAUGCCAGUGGCAGUGCCCAGGAGAUCCUCCUCUAAUGUUCAACACAAGACAAACCAUUUUGGGAUUGAGGUGGUCAAAGGGUUGACUUGGAAAGGAUGGGAGCCAGGUGGUGAAUACACCAAGCAUGUAAUCUUAAAGAAUGUACAGGUCAAGACACAGAAACUGAAAUUCAGCUCGCCAAACACAAGAUUCUUUUCCACCCUCUACCCCGAGCCUAUAGUGCUGAGUGCAGGGACCAGUUACAGUCUACCUGUUACAUUCAGACCCCUGGAGAAGAACAUCUAUGUGGAUAAGAUUGAAUUCCAAGCACAGGAUGGAGUAUUUCAGGUCCCCAUGCAAGCUGUGCUUCCGAAGCAUGAACUCUCUCUACCUAACCAUCUUAACUUUGGCAUGUGUGCCACUAAGGACUUCACCAAACUUACAUUUGAGCUUUCAAACACAAGUGAACUAGUCACAAAUUAUGCUUGGUCUGUGAGCUUACCUUUUGUGUUGGAGCCAUCAACGGGAACACUGGAACCCAAAUCAAAAUGUACCAUCACAACAACAUUCAAACCCACCUCUGCCGUUGUGUACGAGACAGUUGCUGAAGUGCAUUAUGGGUCAGAUUCCCUGUCUUGUAAGAAGACCCUCAAGUUAGAAGGAAUAGGCAAGCUACCUCAUUUGUUGGUGGCCCAGGCUGGCCGUCAUCCACGAGCCAUGGAGAACCUGAAUAUUGAGAGUGUAGUGUCAUUCGGUGAUGUAUCUAUUGGAUCUACAGCAGAGAAAUGGAUUGAGUUACAUAAUCUUGCUCCGGUUAAUUCUCCUUUCACUGUUGACCAUCCCACUGCUACAACAAGAAUUGACACUGUGUUUUCAUGUCAGCAAAAAUCUGGAACAGUCCCUCCAGAGAGCAUCAGCAGGAUACCUGUGAGCUUCACUCCAAACACAGUUAAUGAGGAAAGUGUGGAUUAUCUUCAUAUCCAAGCCAUUGGCAAAGUCAGCAAAACCAUUGUCAAACUUCAUGGUAGAUGCAAAGGGCCUGUGGUAACACUUGGUUCACAAGUGCUGAAUUUUGGUCUUCUAAAUCUUGGUGACUCCGCAACAAGGACUCUAGAUAUCAUCAACCAGUCUGAUGUAGCAGCUUAUUAUCAGUUUAUGAUAGAUGGUGAGCAGAGUGUGUUUGAGUUGAGUGUCCAGUGUGGUAAGGUAGAACCACAUACCACUCAAACCCUGAUUAUCACAUUCACGCCUUCCCAUCCAAUCAACCAUUACAGGAGAGUUACAUGCCUUGUACAGAAUCAGGAUCCAUUGUUUGUAGAUAUGAUUGGUACCUGUCAUACAGAACUGUGUAAACCAGCUGUUCUUCAACCCAUCCAUCUUACCAGAUAUCGUCAGCAUGUGGCUGGUGGAUUCUCAGUCUUCCCUCCUGAGCAUUUGAAUGAGAUGGUGAAGGAUGGGAAGCUUGCAUUGGAUUCUAAUCGUUGCCUGACCCACCCUUCGGCUGAAGCUGUGGAUGAUCUUGUACAGAAACCUACACCCCUCCCUCCCAUGAAAGAGUAUUUUGAUGACGGCAGACAUGGGGAAUAUACACAACCUGUACAUGUGACCAUCGAUACCACCCAUGUUGACUUUGGGAACGUGCAAGACCUUCGCCGCCCUCUUCAGAAGACCCUCAAUGUCACAAACCACACCAAGGGAAAGAUAACAGUCACCUGGAUGGGAGAUGAAAACCACAUCUAUUCUAUCUCACCGGUGUCAUCCGACAUUCCACCCCUCAAGAUGACAUCCUUCAGAGUGACAUUCAAACCGAAUGCUCCAAAUCAGUUCUUUGGUGCAGAACUAGAAGGUUAUGCAUUUUAUAAGAGCAUGAGAGACUAUAGGCUUGUUCAGGAUGAGACAUUCUGUCCACCAUGGUGUCUGACCGUCGCUGCGGUUGGUCAGACAUUCCAACCAAACAACGAGACCUUCCUGCCACGCUACACACUGGACACCAAGAAACUGGUUUUCCCUGCUGUUGACAUUGGAGAUUCCAUCUACAAGACCUUGUUACUUAGCAAUGCAGGAACCACACCCAUCCAUUUUACCAUUCCAGAUGACCCAUCAGGAACAUUCAAAGUCAAGCCAUCGUCAGGCUUACUGAGGGACAAACACCAGCUCUUUGUCUUCAAGGUCAUACCAAAGGUCAAGGACAAGACCCUUAGACAUCAAUUCCGCUGCAGGCUCAAUGAUUCAGACAAGCACAUCCAGGAAAUAGACUGUCUUGGGUCAUCAGAACAACCAAGGGUAUUGCUUGAUACUGAGGGUGUUUUGUACUUCAAGAGUACUUGCAUUGGUACAUCAUCACGGAGGAGUUACAAGGUCAAGAAUACAUCUCGGAUUGCUCUCAAGUAUCAAUGGAAGGUACCCCACGCCCAGAAGGAUCGCCUCUCCGUUUAUCCAAUCACCGGUAUCAUUCUGCCCAAUGAAACACAGUCCCAUGUAUGGACUUUCACGCCCAGUGAAGAAAUCAAGUACGUGAUCAAGCCAUCUAUGUAUGUUGAAGACAUCAAUCACAUUGGGGAUCUGACAAGACGGAAAGCAUUCUUGCUUAGAGUUCUUGGAGAAGGAUCUAUUGGCCGAAUCAAGUGUGAAGAUCCUGUGGUGGACCUGUCAGAUGUGGUAGUCAACACAGCUGUUACCAGAGACAUUGUCCUCCAUAACAACAGCAACUGCAGCCUCCAUUAUGAGCUUAGCGUGGAACAAACUAUGCAGGGUAGCUAUGCAGAAGAGGCACAGGAAACAGAUGAUCUUGCACUCACGCUUGACAGAACAAGGGACAUCCUUCCUGCGCGAUCAAGGCGUGUCAUCAGGGCAACCAUCCGCCCCGAGAGACGCCUUGGCUACACCUUCUUCGUCGGUUACCGUCUCCUCACACCAUCCAUCCCAGACCUGGAGAGAACACAGAAGAAGGAUGAAGAAAAUGAGGGGAAGGAAGAGGAGAAGAAGGAUGGAGAGAAGAAAGAAGAAGAGGCAAAGAGUGUUUCUGAGAGCGAGGAGGGUCCGUUGGUUCCUGUCAGUGACACAGUGCAUCAGCUUUGUGAGAUGACAGCAGUAGGUGUGUACCCCACCCUCCAGAUCACUGAUGCCCGCUGCUAUGGCAGUGCUGCUGGGAUAAGCAAGGCGAGGCUCUGGAGUCUUUUGUCGCUAGACAACCUGAACUCUUGUCUAGACUCGGACCCCUCUCCUGUAGAGCUCAUCUUCUCUCGUGUUACAAAGCAUAACAUGCGUCGUAAGGCAGUGGUGUUAACACAGGCACUGCUGGAUUUUAACUUCAGUGCUUCACCGGUAGGAGCAGAGCCUUGCAUUGUUCAUCUCAUGUUGGAAAACACAGGCACAGUCAAUGCAGACUGGGCUUACCUGUUUCCAACUGAUCUCCAACUGGAGAUGGAAUACUGGGCAGAGACUGGAGAAUUUGAUAAUGAUGAACUUCAUGAGAUGAGGAUUAUGGAUAACAAGUUGUUUACUGUAGAGCCAAGCAGUGGAUCCUUGAUGCCUGGUCAAUGCCAGACCGUCACUCUGACCUACUGCCAUGAGUUUGCAGGAACGGAUAGACUUCCUGUUCUAUUCAAGAUCAUGAGAGGCAGAGAAGUUUUGUUAAACUUCACUGGUGUGACAGUGAGCCAGGACAGGCGCUACGUCCACUUCCCCAGCAACAAGCACAUGUUCUCCCCCGUGCCAAUAGGGGGCGUCAUCAACCCUAAGCAGGUCUAUGAGCUGUAUAAUGGCGGUGGUAUGGAGGUCAUGUAUCAGUUGGACCUCACUGCUCUGGAGCAAAUCCAAGAGGAAAACUUCAAUCACAGGAUCUUUGAUUGCCUUAAUCCAAAGGGUGUAAUCCCAGCUGGUAGAACAGCCAAAGUGGAAUGGAUCUUCUCCCCAUUGGAAGCUAAGACUUAUAUGGUUGAUGUUCCUAUCCACAUCAUCGGCGGUGACACUGCCCUUAUCACCUUCACUGGUGUAGGCUAUGACAAGCGCAACCUGGGUACCACCAUGCCCAUGACCGAUGGUACAGAACUCACCGGCGUUCCUUCCGUCCAGAGCAUCCCUCUCAACGAACAGCUCCUGUAUGCCAGCGAGGAGAGAGUGGCCUUUGGGAAUCUUCCACUGUUUAGUGAGCAGCGCAAGGUGGUGUACCUGACCAACCGAUCACCAAGCCAUACUGUGUCCUUUGAGUGGUAUGUCACAUCAGAGGAUGAUUCCCAGGUGUUGGACAUUCAGCCACCCCAAGGAACCCUUCACCCAGGAGAGGGAUGUAUGUGUAAGGUAGUCUUCACAGCUAUAGGAGAACCUUCAUUCUAUGACCUGGAUGUCAUCUGUGAGGUUGCUGAUGAGACAAUCAUGGCUGAAUACAGGAAGGAGCUUCAAGACUGGGAGGCAGAGAAGGAGAGACAGAAAUAUGAGUUCACCAUCACUGAGUUUAGAGACGACACUAAGACGGAUGGAAGCAGUGCAGGCCCCGAAGGCAGGAGUCGUUUCAAGCGGGAACGCACUAAUUCACCAGUCCCUCCUGAGGAAUUCAAGCGCUACCAGACCUUGCCACCAAUCAAAAAUGUUUUGAAUGAGAAAGAACUUAAUGAGAAGCAUGCCCGAGAACAUUCUGCAAAAGAUGGAAGUAAGCUAUGGCCCAAACCUGAGAAACCGGACACGUUUGUCAUGCACCUCGGGGUAACAGCAAGAACUCACACCAUUGCUGAAUUCCAGAGCAACUUCCCCAAUGAGGUCCAAAAAUUCUUCAUCGACAGGGGUAUGAGUGAGCGAAUGGUGACAAGCGGUAAAGGAAAGCGAUCGCAGAGAGAUGAAUCAAUGGAACCUGAAGAUUGUGAUGAGAUGGAGGCUGGAGUUGUCGGUGAGGUCAUGAGCACCAUCGUCAGAGCAUUACUUGAUGAUCAUGAUUUCCAUGAGGCCCUGAGGGACAUCCCCAACGAACCAAUCCCUUACUUCACUCAGUUUGGAGACAGACCACAGUCUCUCUCCCGCAUGGAGGACCUCAAGAUCACCUCUCCUCCCCCAUCACAAGCUCAGCCACAUGAAGCUAUGGAGAGUCCCACUAAGACGGUCCAGAUCGAGAUGGAAAGUAGGGGAGUGCGUACGCCAGAGAGCACAGCUUAUGGGGUGCCCAGCAGAACAAUAAUGCAUGAUUCUGUUACUGAGCAACCUCCCUCUGCUCCCACUGGUGAAGAUGUAGGUCUCAUGCCUUCAAGGUCUGUACUCCAAUCAUCCCCUGGCAUCCAUACCGAGUAUGACUAUCAGAUCAGCUUGCGUGAGGAGAAGGAAAGACUGCAACAACAGAAUCUUAAGAGAUUACCAGAAUUUGCUAGCACUGUGGAAUCGACUCUAGAUAACACCCUCUUCAACAUCAUGAUGGAGGCAUUCGGAGGAGAAAUCAACUUGACUGCCAGACCCCGCCUUAUAGCCCUACCCCCUUCCACCCCUCCACGUACCCCACCCACAGCACCAGGUGCCAAACCCAAGCAAGCCUCUGUCAUGGGGACAUGCACCAGACCGGGGUCGGGGAAGACAUCUAAAGGAGAAAGACCAAGCUCGGGAGGGAAGGAGCGGUUGGUUGACACGCCCAAGGUCUCGGUAGAGAUGGUGGGAUCAACGGGGAGGAGGGGGAGCUACACCUCCCAAGUCACUGCAAAGUAAAAUUGUGGGGAAUUUUGGGUACUGAUCUAAACACAUGUUUGAAUGUCUUUCAUAGAAAAUUGUUUAUGACAGUCGUGACAUGAUUUACUUGAUCCGUCCUACAAAGCAUUCUGUGUUCAAAUUCAAUAGGAAUAUAGUCAAACACCUUGAGUUCUAUGAAAAAUAUUCUGUUAUAU